AUGGCGGAGUUCAAGACUGCCAACCCCGACCACUAUCCCAUCCCUAGGGAUGAUGAAGAAGGCUUGACAAUUGAGAAAGAUUGGACAGAGGAAGAAGAGAGAAAGGCGAAAUGGAAGCUUGACCUCCUUGUCAUGCCCAUUUUGACCCUCGGUUUCUUCUGCCUUCAACUCGACCGUGGCAACAUCGCAAACGCCAUCACAGACAACUUCAGAAGGGAUGUCGGCAUCACUCAAAAUGAGUUCAAUGUCGGCCAGCAGAUGUUAUCUCUGGGUAUCGUCCUCUUCGAGAUCCCGUCCAACAUGAUUCUUUACCGAGUUGGCCCUGGCAAAUGGUUGACUCUACAACUCUUUCUCUUUGGUACCGUCAGCACCUUCCAAGCUUUUCAGAACAACUACGCAUCCUUCAUCGCCACUCGCUUCCUCCUCGGACUAACAGAGUCUGGCUUCAUUCCUGGCGGUCUGUGGACAAUAUCGACCUGGUAUACUCGCAAGGAAACGGCGAAACGUGUCAUGGUCUUCUACUUUGGCAAUCAAUUCGGCCAAGCUUCCGCUAAGCUCCUCGCUUUUGGCAUCCUCCACAUGCGUGGUGUCGCUGGCAGGCCCGGUUGGUUUUGGUUGUUCGUGCUCAUGGGUGGCUUCACCUGUUUCUGUGGUUUCAUCUUCGGCUUCUUCCUCCCUGAUUCUUUCCGCAACCCGUGCUCGACCUUCCUGCCCAAGCGAGCAUUGUUCACGCCUCGUGAGAUUCACAUUCUCCGCAACCGUGUUCUGCUCGACGACCCAGCCAAGGGCAAGAAAAAGAAGAAGAUUGGUCUGACCGCUUUCAAAAAGGCCUUUAGCAACUGGCGCAUGUGGGUUCAUUUCUUGAUCACAUUGUCGAACAAUGGACCUCAGCGUGCGUUUGAUACCUAUGCCCCUUCCAUCGUCAAGGACUUUGGCUUUGGAGGUCUUUCUGCCAAUGCUUUGGCGGCUGUUGGUCUCUUCCUUCAAAUCCCCGUCUCGUAUUCUUUCAGCUAUGUUUCUGAUCACUAUUCACGGCGCGGCGAAACCGUCAUGGCGGGCUUGAGUCUCCACCUCUUCGGCUACGUCCUCAACCGCAUCUUCACCGAAAUAGACAACCGCGGCGUCCGCUACUUUGGCGUCGUCUGGACCCAAACCUUCGGCACCUUCUCCCACCCCCUGAAUAUCACCUGGAUGUCUCUCACCUGCACCGACUCUGAAGAAAGAGCUCUAGCAAUGGCGAUGGUCAUCAUGGGCGCCAAUAUCGCCGGUAUCUACGGCGCUCAAAUCUUCCGCAGUGAUGAUAGUCCGAGAUAUCGCAGGGCCUUUGGGGUUAAUAUUGCUGUGUUGGCUGUGGGUGUUACGUUGGCGGUGGUGAGAUUUUUGGAUGAUAAGAUUAGGAGGAAGAAGACGAAGAAUGCUUUGCCGGAGGAGGACUCGGGGUCUGGAUCUGAAGUCUAUAGUGAUGGGGUGGUCAAAGUGGCUGUUCCUGCUGAUGAACAGCCGCAGCCUAUUGCGUUGAGUGGGCGAAGGGCUUCGUUGUCAAAGGCGGAUAUCUGAUUGGCACAUGAUUGUAGAAUUACAGUGGCAUCAAUUGUUGGCAGUCACUGUUUCUGUUUCUAGAUGCAUCGUGCGAUAGAUAGAAAGAGGAAAAUGUACGUUGAGAG